AAAAAUAAAUUAUUGUGAUAUACUCACCCUGUAUUCUCUUUUUCAUCAUAUGGGAAGGAAGCAUAAAAUUAGGAAUAAUAGUAGAGGAAAUAAUAUUGUUAUUCAAGAAAAUGUUAUCAAUUACUCCACCAGUUGAGGAAUUGGUUCCUAGUCACAAAAUUAGGUGUGCACAGCUUAACUGUGGAGCUGUUUUUACAAAUGCAGGAAAUUACGAAUUGCAUAUGCUAAAGAAACACAACGUUACUCUAGUGAAACCAAAUCAAUCAAACUUAUUUUAUUGCCCCGAAGCAAACUGUGCUUACAAUGUUAAGAACAACAGCAAGCACUUUAAAAAUCUCAAAUAUCUACGUCAACAUUACCAAAAAGUACACAUGUCUAAGGUUUACAUUUGUCCAGAUUGUGAGAAAGGUUUUUCCACUGCUAGUCGGCUAAAAGCCCACACUCAGAAGGAGUGUGGAAUACUAUUCGUUUGCAGUGACUGUGGAACGACAUACGCUACCAACGAAGCGCUACUUACACACAUCAAGCGAAAGGGACAUUCCGCAAAUAAAGUCUCAAAGUUGGCCACGACCAAAACCAAAUUUCAAAAUAAAGUUUUGAAUGCAAAGAAUAAAGGAAAAAACAACAAUAAAAUGUCAACAAAAGAACAAGAAACCCAAACUGAAGAUACACAAACUACUAAAGCUUCACAGAUAGGUAGUUCCCAAACAGAGACUUUUUGCAUUAACUCUGAGGCUUCAAUAUCAAACGAUCUAAAUAUUAUACAAUCUAUACUACGUGAUAUAGAAACACAAACUGACGCUUCCGAGAAAUCAGAUAUGGAUAAAAUGCUUGCCCAAUCCUCCCAUACACACACACAAACUUGCGAGGAUAUAUUUUUAGAUAUAUGCAUGGCAGAUAUGAAAAAGCAACCAAAUUGGUUGGCACUACCAAUGAAUAAUGAUAAAAAUCCUUAUGUUUCAACGGCAACUUCUCCAACCGCAUAUAUUCCAGACGAAUUGUUUGUUUCAACCGAAACACAAACCAGUUUUACACAAUGCUUGAUGGAUUCUAGAGCUAAUGGAGCCGAAAACACAUUCGGCAGUCUUUGUAAUACGCAGUACACACAGACUUGUGAUACUUUGUUGGAUGGUUUAUUUGGAGUACAGGAUAACGAUUUGAUUGCUAAUUUUACGUCAGCUUAUACGCAAACAUGAUGGUUUGAUUCAAAUAUACAUUUUAAUGAAAAUUAUAGAAAGGUAAAAGACAAAAACUGUUGAUGAGUAAAUCUAAAGCAUAACCAGAAAUGGUAGAUAACACAUAGUAUGUAGAUUCUAUGUAUCAUCUCUGAAAAUGGUGUAGUUUUAUGUAAAUAUGUAUAAUUAAUUUGUUGCUGUAUUAUAAAAUUAA